AUGAAGCAAUAGACUUUCCAUGAGUCUUUAUACAAGGUUUUUCUUCAGCCGUCCUCUAAUUAAAAAUGAAAUUCCCUAUCCAACUUAUCCUUAUCCAAUCUAAUUGGAGACCCGAGUCAGUAGAGGGAUACUACAAUAGUUGUACACUGAAAGAACUAUGAUUUCUAAAUUUAUUGAUUCCUUUUUAGAAUAAACCUACUAAUAGCUUAGAAUUUAAGGAGCCUUCCAUUUCAUGAAUAACAGCCGAAGCUGAAAUCGGAGAAAACGGAACUUUGAUUUCUAUCUCAUAAACACAAUCCAUUGCUAUUGCUAUUGCUUGCUGCCAACACAUAAACAUAACAAAAUGUCGCUGCCAACAAGGUUAAGGUUUUCUGUCUCUCUUUCCAUUCCCAAUUUUUCCUCUUUUCUUCAAAACUCCUCACAUUCUCACUUUCACUCUCAGCCCCCAUCCAUUCAAAAUGUUGACGAUGCCGUUUCCCAAUUCAAUCGCAUGCUGUGUAUGCGUCAUACCCCACCCAUCAUCCAAUUUAACAAGAUUUUAGAUUCCUUUGCCAAGAUGAAGCACUAUUCCACUGCUGUUUCCCUUUCUCACCGAUUGGAACUCAAGGGAAUUCAGCCUGACCUUAUUACUUUGAACAUUCUCAUUAAUUGUUUCUGUCAUAUGGGUCAAAUCACUUUCGGCUUCUCUGUAUUGGCCAAGAUUCUCAAGAGGGGUUACCCGCCCGACACCGUAACCUUGAAUACACUGAUCAAAGGUCUCUGUCUUAAGGGACAAGUCAAGAAAGCACUGCACUUUCACGACAAGCUAUUAGCACAAGGAUUUCAACUCAACCAAGUUAGUUACGCGACUUUGAUCAAUGGAGUAUGUAAAAUAGGAGACACAAGAGCUGCCAUCAAGUUUCUGAGAAAGAUUGAUGGACGACUGACUAAACCUGAUGUGGUAAUGUACAACACAAUUAUUGACGCCAUGUGCAAAUAUCAACUUGUAAGUGAGGCUUAUGGUUUAUUUUCUGAAAUGGCUGUCAAGGGAAUUUCUGCUGAUGUUGUCACUUAUAAUACUCUAAUAUAUGGUUUCUGCAUUGUGGGUAAGUUGAAAGAAGCAAUUGGUUUGUUAAAUGAAAUGGUAUUGAAAACUAUCAACCCAAAUGUUUAUACCUAUAAUAUACUGGUUGAUGCAUUAUGUAAAGAAGGAAAGGUGAAAGAAGCAAAAAGUGUGUUAGCUGUGAUGCUCAAAGCAUGUGUGAAACCUGAUGUUAUUACGUAUAGUACUUUAAUGGAUGGAUACUUCUUAGUUUAUGAAGUGAAGAAGGCACAACAUGUAUUCAAUGCUAUGUCCCUAAUGGGAGUGACUCCUGACGUUCACACUUACACGAUCCUCAUUAACGGAUUUUGUAAGAAUAAAAUGGUGGACGAGGCAUUAAAUCUCUUUAAGGAAAUGCAUCAGAAAAAUAUGGUUCCCGGUAUAGUCACAUACAGUUCUCUUAUUGAUGGUUUAUGCAAAUCAGGGAGAAUAUCAUAUGUUUGGGAUCUUAUUGAUGAGAUGCGUGAUAGAGGUCAACCCGCAGAUGUAAUCACCUACAGUUCUUUAAUAGAUGGAUUAUGCAAAAAUGGUCAUCUUGACAGGGCAAUUGCAUUGUUCAACAAAAUGAAAGAUCAGGAAAUUCGACCGAAUAUAUUCACAUUCACUAUACUUCUUGAUGGACUAUGUAAAGGUGGAAGACUUAAGGAUGCACAAGAGGUUUUUCAAGAUCUUUUGACUAAAGGAUAUCAUCUCAAUGUCUACACAUACAAUGUUAUGAUCAAUGGGCAUUGUAAACAGGGCCUGCUCGAGGAAGCAUUGACCAUGCUGUCAAAAAUGGAAGACAAUGGUUGCAUCCCUAAUGCAUUUACUUUUGAAACUAUCAUCAUUGCUCUCUUUAAAAAAGAUGAGAAUGAUAAGGCAGAGAAACUUCUUCGACAAAUGAUUGCUAGAGGCUUGUUGUAAGACUAAAACUAUGUGAGAACUUUCUAGUUACACGUGAAAAAGAAGAUGGACAAUGCAAUGGGCUCAAUAUCACUUUAGUUUUGAUUAAAGGAGAUAUGUACUUAGCUUCAUUUUUUAUGUUAUAAAUAUAACAAUAGCCAAAUGAUUACUGUCUUGAUUUAACCAUCCUUUUCCUUUUCAAUGUAUUGUGGAUGCUUGCUUUAAUGAUUUACUCAGUCACUCCUCAUUGUUAGUGUUUCAGUUGUGAAACUAAUAUGAAACUGACAUGAUUAUUUGAAAUGCUUUAUCUCUUAUAGUUGACUUUGUUUACCUAAAAGCAUAGAAAGUAAAACUGAAUUUUAUUUUUUUCUGAUUGCUUCUUGUUCUCUUUUUAC